AUGAUACCCGUGUUCCGGCGAGAGCCAAUGCCCGAAAAAGUGUGGCACACUGUCGCAGGCGUCGCUAUCGUGUUACGACCACACUCUGGAAGCCAAGCCGACCUCGAGAAUAUUCUCAAUACGAGAGAUUGCAAAACUGGGCAUUGGCUAGAGAAGGUCAUGGAAAUAUCCUUCGAGCCGGGCACAGGCACAGACACCGCCAGGCUGUUUUCUGAGAAUGCGUGCCCGCCCUCGAUGCCACCCUUCGUCUCCGAAUCCAUGUCCAUCGAGGUGGAGAUUAAGGAGGACGAGACCACAGAGGAGACCAAGGAGGUACUUAUCGAUCUGAAGUUCAGAAAAGCCCCUGAUAACGGCAUACGACCUGACAGUUCCUGGCCAUGCCUACGUCCAGAGGAGCCAUUUAGCCUAUCGCAUUGGGAGCAGAUACCCGGCGUGCAGUUGCAGCUCGAGUCAAAUCAUUGCUAUCUGAUAGAGGAGUUGCUUACUACCAAAUCCCUCAAGCUAUACAUCGAUAUUCUACCCAAGAAAUUAUGCAACGAGACCGAGCAGUCCGAGCCACACCGCCUGGAACGCGAGGAAGGGCUUGAGGCCGAGACUAGUCAGCAACUGGCUGAUGAUGGAACCAUCGAGCGAGACAGCGAGCAAACCCGCUAUUUGAAUGUCACUAUCUGCGGGCCUUACUCAGGGGCUGAUGAGAUAGGAGACUUAAUGGAAGCACAUGUCUUGUAUUUGCAAGACCCGAGCACCAAGCAUGAGGACAUCCUGUACUACAAUCCCCAACGGUUAUACCGGAACUUGCGAAAGCUGUCAGAGUGGUGGGAGACAGGAUCUGGUGGGGUCUGGAAGGAACUGGGAGGGAGAACCUGA